AUGGCAGUUCCGACGACCUACCGUCACCUGGGUCGAAAACAGAGUUUGAACUCUGGGCUGCUGGCUUUGCUGAUACUUUGCAUCGCUCUCCAAGGUUGCCCAGCGUUGUCUCAUAGCCACAGACCAGAUUGGGCAGCAUGCAGCUGGAACAUACAUAAUGAGAUUCUGACUAGGCAGUCGGGACAAGGAACCUGUCCACUUGCCAGUGACUGGUCACCAUGGUCGCAGAAACCUUUUUGUCUCGAGUCUUCAAAAGAGGAUGACACGGCCCAACAGGAUUGCGUCUUCACUAUGAGCGCUUUCCGUGGAAAUCAAGGACUCAGUUUGAUUACCACCGCCGAUCUAGCUGCGAGUGUCGUCGAAUCACUUGACGACUCCCGAGUCCCGCCCGUUCUUAGGCGCCAACUGGCGAACUCGGGGCAGCAGCAACCAGGAGAGCGCUCGGCUUACGAGAUCCGAAACGUCCCAGGGCGCGGGAAAGGCGUCGUGGCAAAGCGCAGGUUCUCGAAGCAUCAGAUCAUCAUGGUCGACUUCCCCGUGCUUAUCAUCCGACUGGACUUUGUGAACAACGACCGCUACACCCAGCGGCAGAAGCGACGCUUGAUGGAAACCAGCGUGAGGCAGCUUCCGACAGAGCAGAGGCGAGCCAUCAUGGGUCUGGCGCGGAGCUCAGGGGGCGAACCGAUUUUGGAGGCUCUCCGUACCAACGGUUUCGGCAUCGAGAUUGAAGCAGUUCAGCACCUGGCCCUCUUCCUCAAUGGCUCGCGAGUCAACCACAACUGUCGCCCGAAUUCCUUCUGGCGCUUCACAAACAGCAACAUGGCGAUGGAAGUUGUGGCGUUGAGAGACGUUAGCGUCGGAGAAGAAAUUACGCACAGUUAUGCGCCACUCGGGCACACGUACGAAGAACGCAAGAGGGCGCUUCAGGCCUGGGGGUUUCGGUGUAACUGCGCGUUAUGCUCAACGCGGACAGUAGAGAGGGAUCUCUCUGACAGCCGUCGGGAACGCUUACGUGAGGUUCACCUUACCCUAGGCCAGGCCGAGCGACUAGGCAGUCAACGAGUAGCUGAACUUGUGCGCGAAGCGAUGUCGUUGAUUGAGCAGGAGGAGCUUGAUCCGCAGCUUGUCGAGUACUACCAACAAUUUGCGAAAGCGUACUUGGACACCAACCAUCUGGAGAGGGCGCGCCUGGCAAUCGCAGAGGCAGAUAGAUUAUGGCGUUUGUAUGGCGGGGAGGAGCACGAGAACGUUGAUGGAAUCCGGGAGCUUUGGCAAGCCCUAGCGGAGGCUGAACAGGAUGCUCACGAGGAAUAA